UUCCCAUUGAAACAGGGUGUGGUUCUGAAACUUGUCUGUCACUUGUAGUGGGGCUUUAAAUGGCGCACAGCGAUCGGGCUCCCGCGUAUAUCCCGGCCUGACGCCAGCUCGUACGCGUCCGGAAUUACACACCGGCACGAUCCCGACAUCCCUGACUUUUCUUUGGGAGUACUUGUGGCCGGGAAACAGUGGGACACGGAUCCGCAGCCGGGAAGCGGUGCUGCGGUUUGCCCGGCUUCCCUUCACUGCUCUUAUCUGACCGGUUCUGGGGGUUUGAUUGUAUGAGCGCCCGCCCUGGCUGUUACGGGAGAAAGAGCUGAGGACUCAGCAGGAAACAAGGUGAGCAGUCACCAUGCUGCGAGAAGCAGGAUCCAGUAUUUUAGAAUUCUACGACGACCUGCUGUCCAAAUGCGACGCUCGAGUCAAAGACUAUCCGAUGGUCCACUGUCCUUUCAAGAUGACGGUCCUCCUGGUGGGCUACGUAAUCUUUGCAGUCUACUUGGGGCCUCGUCUGAUGGCCAACCGGAAGCCUUUCCACCUCAACGCCGCUAUGGUGGUCUACAAUUUCGGAAUGGUGGCGUUCAAUGCUUUUAUUGUGUACGAGUUCAUGAUGUCCGGAUGGGGGACCACCUUCACGUGGAGAUGUGAUCUUAUCGAUCCAUCCAGUAGCCCUCAAGCACUUCGGAUGGUCAGAGUGGCUUGGAUGUUUUUCUUUUCCAAAUUCAUCGAACUCCUCGACACGGUUUUCUUCGUGUUGAGAAAGAAACAAAAUCAGAUCACUUUUCUCCACGUUUUCCAUCACUCUUUUAUGCCCUGGUCGUGGUGGUGGGGCAUCAUGCUGACUCCUGCCGGAGGAAUGGGCUCUUUCCAUGCCAUGGUGAACGCCACAGUCCACGUCAUCAUGUACACGUACUACGGACUGGCUGCUGCCGGGCCGCGCUUCCAGAAAUUCUUAUGGUGGAAGAAAUACAUGACAGCCAUCCAGUUGACGCAGUUCAUUGUUGUAUCAGUGCACAUCAGCCAGUACUACUUCAUGGAGAAAUGCGACUACCAGGUGCCACUAUGGAUCCAUCUCAUCUGGAUGUACGGCGUGCUUUUCUUCCUGCUCUUUUCCAACUUCUGGCUGCAGGCCUACAUCCGCGGCAAGCGCCUCCCCGUCACAGACCUCCAGCCAGCCUCGCCCGCACCCCCACUGCCCAAUGGCACCCACCGACAUGAAAGCGACACCAACCACCACGAGCACAACCACACCAAUGGCAAUGUGCAAAUGAGAAAAGUCAAGGAGAUAUAACUUUUUUCCCCAUGACUGUGUCACAGUGACUAUAACAUAGUACAACUACACAAUAACAAAGUCUAUGGAAAGCCAUUUUAACAUUUAUUCCAUAUCCACUUUACUAGUUCACUCUUUGUCCUGUUUUUUUCCACUUUAUGUUCACAGGAGGGGACAAAAAUUGGUUACUAGUGAGGGAAAACGGUGCAUAGUUGACAUCAGCAAGAUACUAGAACUACAUGUGAGGCACAAAUGUAUUAGUCGUGAUUGACUGCGAGUGAAGUCCAAUCCAUUUGGACUGGGAGGGUUGUCAGCAAAUGAUCAUUGCAGGCCCACUCAGUCCAAAUGGAUUGGACAAGUAUAUAACUAGGACGAACCAAUGAUAUGAAGUAAUGUUGAAAUGGCAACUGUCUCGUCUGUGUCGAUUGACUUUGGUAAAUGAAGGGCAUGAUUUUUUUCAUGUGACUCCCACUCGUUUUGUCUUCAUGAAGGUCGGUGCUGUUUUAAAUUGGAUGGUGUUCCGUCAUUGUAGUUUUGCAGUUGGCUAUGACUCCAAGCUCGUAUCACACACUGAAGACUAGUGAGUGUAAAUUGCUACCCUGCCAAUAGUUCAAGGUUUUCAUUGUACAUGUUUUUUCUUUUUUUUUUUUUUUAAUUUAUAUUUUUGGAAAAUAAAACGCGUUUUAGAUAUCAAGGUCGGUGUCAUUUGGAAAGCAGUUGGUGGUUUGCACUUGGUAAGAAAUAAACCACAUCAUUUUUAUGACAUAAAAAAGGUAUAUUACAAAAGUAUUGGAGCAGAGGCAUGCAUACUUGACUUUUCCUUUAUGGCAAACUGAUCUGUGAAGAUUUUUUUUUAACCCAAUGAAGUAAACCACCCCAGAAAGUAAACUUUUAAAUAAAUUAAUUUGGUAUGAAAGUAACUGGACAUGAACUGAAUAGAAGUCUUUUUUUUUUUUUUUUUUUUUGCUUUGUUUUUGUGUGCCUUUUUCCAGUUAUACUUGUGGCAAGUGUAUGAAUGUGAAAAUAAUGCAUUUGAAUUUUAGGACAAAAAUUAUAUGGGUCAUCAUAUAAUG